CUCGGAGUGUCGCUAUGGGGGCCGAGGGGGCUUCGGCGGCCCGCGUCGGGGCUGAGGCGCUGCCUUAGGCCCCACCGGUUCGUCCCCGCCGCCUUCCCGGCCCAGGCGCAGGCUCCUCGUACCGUCCUUGGCAUGGAGGAACCCGAGGAGGUGGUGCCCGAUUCGGGUGCUGUGUUUACGUUUGGAAAAACUAAAUUUGCUGAAAAUACUCCCAGCAAAUUCUGGUUUAAAAAUGAUAUACCUAUAUAUCUUGCAUGUGGAGAUGAACAUACUGCUAUUGUUACAGGAAAUAGUAAACUUUACAUGUUUGGCAGUAACAACUGGGGCCAGUUAGGAUUAGGAUCAAAGUCAACUGUUAGCAAGCCAACGUGUGUCAAAGCUUUAAAACCUGAAAAAGUGAAAUUUGCUGCCUGUGGAAGGAACCACACCAUAGUUGCAACAGAAGGAGACAAAGUAUAUGCAGCUGGAGGAAAUAAUGAAGGACAGCUGGGACUUGGUGACACUGAAGAUAGAAAUACUUUUCAUCUAAUUAGUUUUUUUACAUCCCAGCAUAAGAUUAAACAGCUCUCUGCUGGAUCUAAUACUUCAGCUGCACUAACUGAGGAUGGAGAGCUUUUUAUGUGGGGUGACAAUUCUGAAGGGCAAAUUGGUUUAAAAAAUAUAACUAAUGUGUGUGUCCCUCGUCAAGUGACCAUUGGGAAACCUAUCUCCUGGGUCUCUUGUGGAUAUUACCAUUCAGCUUUUAUAACAACUGAGGGAGAACUGUACACAUUUGGAGAACCUGAAUCUGGCAAGUUAGGUCUUCCCAGUGAGCUGCUGGUGAAUCACAGAAUGCCCCAGCUGGUGCCUGGAAUUCCCGAGAAAGUGAUCCAAGUAGCUUGUGGUGGAGGGCACACAGUGGUUCUCACAGAGAACGCUGUAUACACUUUUGGGCUGGGACAGUUUGGUCAACUGGGUCUUGGCACUUUUGUUUUUGAGACUUCAGAACCCAAAGUCAUUGAGCAUGUUAAGGAUCAGAAAAUAAGUUAUAUUUCCUGUGGAGAAAAUCACACAGCUUUGAUAACAGAUGUAGGUCUUAUGUAUACUUUUGGAGAUGGUCGACAUGGAAAAUUAGGACUUGGACUGGAGAAUUUUACCAAUCAGUUCAUUCCCACUUUGUGCUGUAAUUUUAUGAGGUUUAUAGUUCAAUUGGUUGCUUGUGGCGGAUGCCACAUGCUGGUUUUUGCCACUCCGCGACUUGAUGUGGCAGAAGAAGUUGAGUUAGAUGAAAUAAACGAUUCUUCCUUACCUGCAGCGACUUCUCUACCCAUCAGCGAUCUGACCUCAGAGAACGUAUUGCAUAGAACUUUAUCGGCACGUGUGCGGCGAAGGGAGAGGGAGAAAUCCCCAGAUUCUAUUCAGAUGACACAAACACUAUCUACGAUGGAAGAGACUCCCGAACUACCUGUUUGUUUUUCCCCGCAUUCAGUUCCUUUCCCUGUGUCUACAAGAAAUCUGCCAGAGAAAAUGAUACCUGAAAAGGAGAGCCCCAUGCAGCCAAUGGAACCAGAUUAUUUUCAAGAUAAAAUGACCAAAGGGAAGGAGACAGACACUUCUUCAGCAGCAGAUUUAGAAAGCCUUGGAGAAACUACUGAUGUCUUAAACAUGACACAUAUGAUGAGCCUGAAUUCCAAUGACAAGUCAUUAAAAUUAUUGCCAAUUCAGAAACAAAAGAAACAAGAAACAAUUGAGGAACUGAAGCAGCAUACAGCACAUACUGAAAAUGAUGAUAGUAAUGAACAUGAAAGUGAAGAGAUGUCCAAAAAAAUGAAAGAAGGGAAAGCAUAUAAACAGCUUUUGGCAAAAGGAAUAUACAUGGUUCAAGCAGCUAUGACUAUGGAAGCAUUUCCAGAUGAGGACACAGGUAAUGACUCAGGCCAGCCUGGGCCUCAGUCCAACACCAGUGCACAGGGUUUGCAAAAAGAGAUAUUUAGACGUGAAAAUAAGCGUGGUGUUUAUCCACCUGGUGGUAAAGAAAUAGAAAAGAAAAGUGGUGGAAGACACAGUCAGAAGGAUUCAGAAGCAGAAGAAAUAAUCUCUCAGAAGGAAACUGGUCUGGCUGAAAUGACAGGUCUGAAAGAUAGACGAAAAAGUGAAGAGAAUAUUAAAAAUGUUAAUGUAUUCUUUGAUGACUUACCAAAUAGAGACAUGAAUACUGAGGAUGAAGAAAAUAAAGAUUUUGUUAAGGAAAGUAAAAGGAACAAGCAAGAUGUGAUCUUUGACAGUGAAAGAGAAUCUGUGGAGGAGCCAGACAGUUACUUGGAAGGUGAAAGUGGAAGUCAGCAGGGUACAGCUGAUGGCUUCGAGCAGCCUGAGUCCAUAGAAUUUAGUGGUGGAGAGAAAGAGGAUGAUGAAGUGGAAAUUGACCAAAACUUGUGGUAUAGCAGAAAAUUUAUUGAACAAGCACGUGAGGAAGCGACUGAAUGCAAAAUGUCCAAAUUCAUGGAAAAAUAUGAUUUUAAGUGUAGCUUGUCAGAGAUCCCAGAGGAACGGGAAGGAGCAGAGGAUUCAGAAGGAAGUGGAAUAGAGGAGGAAGAAAUAGAGGCAAAUGAGGCAAAUGUGGAGGUCCCUGGAGGAAAAGAGGAGGAGGAAGCAGAGAUCCUGUCAGAUGACCUUACAGACAGUGCAGAGGAUCACGAAUUUUCAGAAAAUGAAGAACUAGAAGACAUGGAUGAGGGAAUUGAUGAAUAUCUGGAAGGCGAGAAGAAAGCUGAGAGAGACAAUAAAAGUGUUCCUGCAGAUGACCACAGUCAAACCAACGACAGCUCAGUUGAAAAGGUAUUGACAACCACUGAAAAGGGUGAAAAAUCCAACCAAGAGGAAUGGGCCCUUCAUGAAUACAAUGAAAAUCCAAAAGGAAGCAUGCAUAAUCAUGCAAAAAGCAGUUCUUUACAAGUCCUGGAAUAUAGUGAAUCAACAUCAAGUAAAGACGUAAAAAAAUCAAAGAAGAUUUUCCUCUUUAAAAGGAUGGCAUUGACGAGUCACAAAAGUAAGCAGAGUAAUAAUGAGCCACUCCCAGAGAUAAAACCAAUAAGAGAUCAAAUCGCUUUCAAAAGCAAUAAGAAAGAUGCCAACCAGAGCCACAUGGGGCAAAAUCAUCAGGAUACUUCACCCCCAAAUGGGGAAAGAAGAUCAAAAUCUUGUACAAUACUAUAAAUAUCUAUGUAUGUUUUCAUGAUCACCAAGAACAUUGUACUAAGCACAUUGUAAUUUAUACUUGAAAAACAUUAUGACUUCUGAAGGAAAGUUUCUGAUAAACUUUUGAAGAUAUCAAUUAAUAAUAUGUUUUAUUUGGUUUGAAUAGUACGACCAGUUUUGAUAUUUAUUUAUGCUAAUAUAUUUUUGACAAGCAAUUUCAAAAUCUGUGUAUUUCAAACUCUCCUUCAAGUGUUGUGGCCUUAACUGUUCAGUGUUGCAAUGAAAAAUAUAUUUUUGUAUGUGAAGGUUAAAUUAAGAUAUUUCAGUUUUUACUAAACAAUUUUACUUCUUAUAACUUCAGAAGAUAAUAUUUGCAAUCUCAUGACACUGUAACAGUUUUUAAUGUAUUUCCAAUUUUUAAAAACUAAGUCAAAAUUGUUUUUGAUGAACAUAUUUUAAUAAACUAUAUCUGGUCGGUUC